AUGUCAGCCACUUCAUUCCUGCGAAGUGCGGUACUCCUCGCUGUAGCGGGUACCGUCAACGCUGUACCCGUUGUAUCAGAGGCUCAGACGACAGUCUCGUCUUCUGGUGUAGCUGGUGAACCUAUUCCAUACAGUUUUGUGACUUCUCACGGUCCUUACACUGGAACACCUACUACCACUGGUGCACUCUCAACUACAGUUCUUGCAUCAGCUAUUCCUGCGCGUCCUCCUCCCCCCGGAUCCUUCGACUACCCUGCCAAUGGAAAGUUGAACGCCCCCCAGCCUGCUCCCUACACUCCAGACGGCGGUGUCGGAACAAACGGGUCUGCACCUGUUUAUCGCGUUCAGAGCGAUUUUGACUAUCAAUCUCUCGCUCUCGCGCUGUACCAAGAGUGGAUUGAACUCGAUCUCUUCCGCUGGGGUCUCGCAACUUUCUCAAAGGAAGAAUUUGACGCCUACGGCAUCAACGAUGAAGACCGCUUUCUGAUCGAACACAUGGCUCGCCAAGAAAUCGGCCACGCAACAGUAAUCAGCAACAUGCUCGGCCCCGAAGCUCCCAAGCAGUGCACGUACAACUACCCCGUCUCCAACGUCCCCGAGUUCAUCGACUUUAACCAGAAGCUCACGCGCUGGGGUGAGUCUGGUGUCUAUGGAUUCCUGCCACACUUGAACUCUGGGCCUGCGGCUCAGUUGCUUCUGCAGAGUAUUACUAUUGAGGCGAGGCAGCAGAUGAUCUUUAGGCAGUUUGGUGGCACGUUUGCUAUGCCCGAGUGGCAUACGCCUGGUAUUCCGCAGAGUUGGGCCUGGACUUUAUUGGCGCCGUAUAUUUCGAGCUGUCCUUAUAACCAGACGAGACUUGUCUGGCAGAACUUUCCUUCGUUGAAUAUUCUUAAUCAGCCUAAUCCUGCUCGCAUCAACGGGUCGGCUGUUUGGAACGAGACGACUGGUGGAUAUGCCAACACAUUGUCUACCAAGGACAUUGAUGACGAUGAACUCUGCGUCAACGCCACAGAGACCGGCGAGAACUGCAAAGCCGCUAUUACUCACAACCGCACAAUCCCCCUCUCCUAUCCCGGCCGUCAGGUCUUCCUGAACUGGGAUGCACCAGGCAAGCCCGUCGGUCCCAACAACAGCUACAUCACCUCAACCAAUGUCAAGGAGCCCAAGUUUGCAGCGUGGGUGUCUCAGCUCAACGUUACAUACUCUCCUCUCCAGAACGUCAGCCUUGAGGAUAGAACGGCGUAUACUAUCCAGCCUAAUGUUUCGACUUGGCAGGGUGAUCCCGCUAUUAACGGAACAAUGUUCCUUGCUUUGACGGAUACGGAUCUUUAUGUUACGCCUUAUAACCUUACGCAGAUUAACCCCCAUGUUGCUGCUUUGGCUGUUUACCAGGCCGGUUAA